AUGGCCUCCACUCACAACUCGGAUUCUCUUGUUGCAUACCCUCAAUUCAAGUCUCUCGGUUUGUCCAACAAUUUUCGUUUACAAGAUGAAAACCUCAUACUAUAUGCUUCCAUUUUCCCCAGUCUGCAAUUUCUUAAUUUGAAUCGUUGCUCUCGCAUAACCGACCAAUCUGUUGCUCAGAUUUUAAAGAGAUGCCGUAAGAUUAGACAUUUGAACCUAACCAACUGUAAAAGUUUCAAGUCACUUCAAAUCAACUUUGAAGUUCCCAACCUUGAGGUGUUGGACUUGACACAUACAAGAGUUGAUGAUGACACACUCUAUGUAAUCUCAAAGACGUGCCGUGGGCUUUUGAAACUGUCGCUGCAACUUUGUACGAAUGUCACCGAGAAGGGAGUGAUGCAUGUGGUCAAAAACUGCACAAAACUCAGAGAGAUCAAUUUGGAUGAUUGUAGUGGAGUCCAUGCUAAUGUUGUUGCAUCCAUGGUGUUCUUAAGCCCAUCCCUGAGAAAGAUAGCUGCUCCACCUGAUUUUCCUACGACCGACAGAAAUAGGACACUCUUCUUGCGUCAUGGAUGCCUUCUUGAACUUUGA